AUGAUGGCGAAGGACAAGCGACAAUCAGCUGGCGGCAACGGUCCUCGACAAGCCCAAUUGAACGAGCAGUCGCUCACUGCGCUGACGGCCAAGAUCGACAAGAACCUGGGAAGGAACACCAAAGAAGAUAACUCAAACAAAAACAAGAAGCGAAAGCACAUCUCAGAAGGUCCCUCCGCGAGUCCACGCCAGCGAAAGAAGCAGGCACAAGGACGAGAGGACUCCAGCAAAGACGUAGGGGAAGCACCAUCCAAGACGAAGGGAGUGAAGGGCGGUCCCCUAUCUCGUGACGCCUUACUGGAGGAAAUACGUGCCUUGGGGGGCGAUGAGGAGGACCUGGAUCUCAUUGGAGACAUUGAUUCGGACCAGGACGAUGCAACCGAAGAGAAAGACACAGGUGCCGUCGACAAGAAACUCCAGGGCGAGCUCGCAGCUUUUGCUGCUCAGCUAGGACUGCAGCAGUAUCACGAGCAAGUGACUGCCGACGAAGAUGAUCAGAUUGACGAGGACAACGAGGACGACGAAGCUGACGGGAACGACUCCGAUGCCAACGAGGUCUUCACCAAGGAAGAUACUCCCGUCGAGGAGCCAGCGCGUAAAGAAACGAAAGAUGCAUCCAAAAAGCAGUUCAAGUUUGAACCUCGUGCGGAUUGGCAUGGUGCUCCAUUAAGCAAGCUCCCAGAGCCUGUCUCGAUUGAGCUGGACGGCUACCUCAGCGCUAUACAUUCUCUUAAGAGCCAUGCCCUGAGUCUUCUGGAAGCCGAUGCGUCAGCAUACAGCAAAAGUGUUUUGGCCUCAUCCUCCCGCAAGUUCCUUUCUACGAUUAUGUCCUCGGGUACCUUGUCUGACAAGGUGUCGGCGCUCACUUUGGCGAUUCAAGAGUCUCCUCUCCACAACAUCAAGGCUUUCGAGUCACUCCUGGGUCUUGCGUCCAAGAGAAGCCGUGCUCAGGCAAUUGGAGCGCUGGGAGCGUUGGUCGAUCUGCUGGGUCCCGGUUUGAUUCUCCCGCCGGACAGAAGACUGCGGACGUUCCAGUCGCAGCCCGGGCUACUUGGAGCACUUCAAAAAUCUUCCAUCAAGACUUGGUCUUCUGGACAAUCCCUACCCAGCCGGUUGACUGAGGCUCAUCUCAUACAAUUUGCAUAUGAAGACUGGCUCAAGGCUUCCUACUUCAGAGUCAUCCAACUUUUGGAGGUGUGGUGCAAUGAUGAGAUCGAAUACUCCAGAACUCGGUCUCUCGAUUUCGUCUUCGGACUGCUCAAGGACAAACCGGAGCAAGAGACUAACCUAUUGAGACUCUUGGUCAACAAGCUUGGCGACAAGGACCGAAAGAUUGCGUCGAGGGUGUCGUAUCUCCUGCUUCAGCUCCAGAACACCCAUCCCGGAAUGAGGCAAAUCAUCAUCAAAGCCGUCGAGCAAGAGGUACUGCUUCGACCUGGUCAGAACUUCAGGGCCAGGUAUCACGCUGUAAAUACUCUCAACCAAACAAUCCUGAGCAGUCGCGAAGUUGGCACGGCCGAAACACUCCUUGGCAUCUAUUUCGAAAUUUUUGUCACUCUGCUGAACAGCUCUGUGCUCGGCAGAGCACUUGGCGACGACCAGGAAGAUCAGCCAAAGGCAACUGUGAAGGAUGCAGCCGCAGCCGCAGAGCGUCAGACAGCCGACAAGUUGGUCACCGCCGUCCUGACUGGUAUCAACAGAGCAGUCCCUUUUGUGUCGGCCCAGAACCCUAUUCUUGAGUCUCAAUUGGAUACUCUUUUCCGCAUCGCCCAUUCAACGAAUUUCAACACAAGUAUCCAGGCCCUCAUCCUCAUUCAGCAAGUGUCAGUGUCCCGGCAUAUGGCGUCCGACAGGUUUUACAGGACUCUAUACGAAUCCUUACUGGACCCUCGCCUCGCCACGUCCUCGAAGCAGGCCCUUUACCUGAACCUCCUGCUGAGGUCACUGAAGGCUGAUGUGGAUACGCGUCGGAUCAAAGCAUUUGCAAAGAGAAUGUUGCAGGUCCUCAACUUGCACCAGCCUGCCUUCGCGUGUGGCUUGUUGUAUGUUGUAUUUCAGUUGCGGGUCCAGUUUCCCGAGCUGAGGGCGCUUCUUGAGGAGCCCGAAGACAACGAUGAAGAAGAAGCAAGCAAGACAUCUAUUGAACACAAGAAUAGCGAGUCUGCCACAAGAGGAAUCGCAUAUGAUGGCCGGAAGAGGAAUCCCGAGCACAGCAAUGCACAGAACAGCUGUCUUUGGGAGAUUAUUCCUCCCCUCACGCACUUCCACCCGUCCGUGUCGAUGCUUGCAGCCAGCAUUUUCUCCGAUGAGAAGCAGUUGGCUAAGCCAGACUUGGAGAGUCACAGUUUGAUUAGGUUCCUCGACAAGUUUGUCUACCGCAGCCCCAAAGUGGCCGAGACCAGUCGCGGAGCGUCUAUCAUGCAACCGGUUCGGAACCCGGACUCUGGCAGCAUCUGGCUCGCCAAAAAGACAGGCACAGCUCCUGCUACGUCCGUCAACACGCCGAACUUCUGGAACAAGAAGGUCGAGCACGUUGCAGCGGAGGACAUCUUCUUCCACGAGUACUUCAAGCAGGCUGGUAGGCAGAAUGAGACGGGCAAGAAGGGGGCCACAGCCGCAGCAGCCAUUUCUGACGGACAAGAUGAUGAUGCCGAGCAAGAGGAUGAGAUCUGGAAGGCACUCACAGCCACGCAUCCUGAUGGCCCGAUUGAUAGUGAGGACGAGGACCUCGACAUGGACGGUUUCGAUGAUAGCGAGGACGAAUCCGACGGCGGGGUCAUAUUCUCCGACGGAUAUGAUAUCAACGACUCUGACGAGGAGAUGGAUGGUGGAGCUGGCGAGUUCGAGGACGAAGACGACGAGGAUGCGAGCGAGGACGAGGAUAAUGUCGAGCUGUCCGCGCCUCCCAUCGAGGAGGACGACGAGGAGGAGGACAAGAAGUCUAAGAAGGGAGGUCGAUCAUCGAGAAGGAAACUGAAGGAUCUGCCAAUGUUUGCCUCGGCAGAAGACUACGCUGAGCUUCUCGCGCAGGACGAGGAUUGA